AUGGACAGACUACAAGCUCAGGUGGUGUUCUCAACAAUCAUGUUUUAUGUUGUCUCGUUAGGAAUGGACAGAAUACAAGCUCAGGUGGUGUUAUCAACAAUCAUGUUUUAUGUUGUCUCGUUAGGAAUGGACAGACUACAAGCUCAGGUGGUGUUAUCAACAAUCGUGUUUUAUGUUGUCUCGUUUGGAAUGGACAGAUUACAAGCUCAGGUGGUAUCAUCAACAAUCAUGUUUUAUGUUGUCUCGUUAGGAAUGGACAGAUUACAAGCUCAGGUAGUAUCAUCAACAAUCAUGUUUUAUGUUGUCUCGUUAGGAAUGGACAGAUUACAAGCUCAGGUGGUAUUAUCAACAAUCAUGUUUUAUGUUGUCUCGUUAGGAAUGGACAGACUACAAGCUCAGGUGGAUUUGAAACACAAACACCAAUCUGAAGACACCGACCAUUCAGACAUUCCUGUAGGAAUUGAUCUGAGUGAUUUCUACUUGAGUGUCGAGUGGGACGUCAUGGGGGUGCCAGCGAGACGCAAAGAAAAGUUUUACAGCUGUUGUGACGAACCGUAUCCUGAUAUAACUUUUAACGUCACUUUACGACGUAAAACCCUCUUCUACACAGUUAACCUGAUUAUCCCCUGUGUGGCGAUCUCCUUCCUGUCGGUUGUAGUGUUUUAUUUACCCUCGGAAAGCGGAGAAAAGGUAUCAUUAAGUAUCUCGAUUGUGCUAUCGUUAGGCGUGUUUUUCCUGUUGCUUUCCGAAAUCAUACCUCCGACAUCCCUGACGGUCCCUCUCCUUGGCAAGUAUCUUCUUUUCACUAUGAUUUUAGUGUCAUUUUCCGUGUUUGUCACGAUAGCUGUUCUGAACGUCAAUUUUCGGUCUCCGUCCACCCAUCACAUGGCUCCCUGGGUCCGCACUGUCUUUUUAGAAAUCCUACCCAAGGUCUUGAGGAUGAAGAGACCUCAGGAGAACGAAGAAGAAACACAACUCAAUUCAAGUUUUGGAACGGCUGAUGCUCGGCAUCCUGACCCUGCGAGAAAACCCGGGUUUCCAGAGUACGAGUGCUCGUUCCACGAGACAGGUUACAUGGUCGCUGGUAUUGAUGAUGAUAUUCAGGGAGGCGUGGUGUCUGGAGUCACCAAGAUGUGUCCUGAACUAGAGAAAGCUGUUUUAAACAUACGUUUUGUUGCCCAACAUAUGGAAAACCAAGAUGGGUAUUCAGAGAUCGAGGGGGACUGGCAGUUUGUCGCUAUGAUCCUGGAUCGAUUAUUUCUCUGGAUAUUUACACUGGCAUGUGCAAUUGGAUCAGCCUGUAUCAUUUUGGAGGCGCCAUCUCUGUACGACGAUCAACAACCAAUCGACGUGCUCCUAUCAAAAAUGGCACCAUCUCGCCUGCACCAUCUCAAAAAUUAAAACUCGUUCCACUGACGUCUCAGGAACUGUCAGUGUAAUCUCGAUCGUAUUUUUUCUGAUGUUCAUUCAUCUUAAGCGAACACCUAUUUUGACAAUUUGCAAACAGAAUUCGAAUUGUACGUAAUAUCAAGUUUGGACAACAUUCCACGCGUAUUUUACAGACAUUGAUGUUGAGUUUAUUUGAAAUUGUCUCUAGUCACUAAUGGAUAAAAUAGAUAAUUCUAUUCAAUGAAAUUACAUCUAGUAUGAUAAAGAUAUCGUUGGUUGAGUACAUCUAGUAUGAUAAAGAUAUCGUUGGCUGAUUACAUCUAGUAUGAUAAAGAUAUCGUUGGUUGAUUACAUCUAGUAUGAUAAAGAUAUCGUUGGUUGAGUACAUCUAGUAUGAUAAAGAUAUCGUUGGUUGAUUACAUCGUGUAUGAUAAAGAUAUCGUUGGUUGAGUACAUCUAGUAUGAUAAAGAUAUCGUUGGUUGAGUACAUCUAGUAUGAUAAAGAUAUCGUUGGUUGAUUACAUCGUGUAUGAUAAAGAUAUCGUUGGUUGAUUACAUCUAGUAUGAUAAAGAUAUCGUUAGUUAUUACAUCUAGUAUGAUAAAGAUAUCGUUGGUUGAUUACAUCUAGUAUGAU